GUCCGGGCUGCCGCAACUGUCACAGGUCCGGGCUGCAGCGACUGUCAUAGGGUCGGGCUGUAAUAGUUGGCUAGAAUACCUAACUGCGUCUUCUGGCGGUCCAAUGGAACCCGACACGAUGGGGCCACAAUCGACCACGGGCGAAGCGGGAGAGGUGUACAGGACAUCGCCCGAUCGAGCUCUGAGGGAUCUGAAGGAACGAAUUAGGYGAGAAGCACCGCUGAGAUGGGCUGACCAAACCAAUGACGGAGGGCCCGACGUAAAGGGCGAACCAGUUGCGACAGAGCCGCAGGAGGCUCUAAAGAUGGAAUAUCUUGAGAAGUGGGAGCUUCACGCCAGCCGGAGUCAGUGGUCGGAGGAAGAGAUUAYAGAGAACUUCCUAUUUAAUGUGGACCCAAGUCUCAGUAGGGAAGUUAAGAAAGCUCGACCGAAGGAUGGGAAAUGGACUACGUACAAGAAGAACCUCGUUGAGCUUUACAAAUUGGAGGAUAACAAGUAUUCCAUCAAGGACCUUAAAACAAUGACUGGAGAUGAAGAUGAGAGCGUACGAGCAUUUGGGAUGCGUUUCCAGAAGAUCUCCGACGUACUGAUGAAGAAGGGGAAGAUCUCAGAGGUCGAGCGUUGUACUAUCUUCAUCGGACACUUGUCCAAAGAUAGGCAAAAGAGUAUACUUAGAGAUCUUCCGCGUGACAGGCUUGAUUUCCCAGAAGUCCUUAGGCUCGCGAUAAAGGCAGAGGCUGACGAUUACAAGGACUUGGUAUGGAGAGGGAUGAGGAGACGUGACUUCUCUCUCUACAAGGAGCAUGCCACCGAUAGAUGUCCUGAUUUCAAGGACUAUCCCUGGUCGGAGAAGAAUGAGGCCGUGGCUGAGGAAGUGAAGGAGAUACGGGACAUGGUGAAGGGAUUGACCAGACAGACCGAGACUGCAGAGAUCCCGAGCCGUUUGCGCGAGCAAGAAGGCUGGAUGAUUACCCGCGAAACCCUCGCUAUGAGGCCGAUCGGGGUAGAGGCGACUCCCGCGGCCGAUGGGAGACAGAUCAGGGCCGACGAGAUGGAUAUAAUGACGACAGAUACGAGAGAUCGGACCGAGAUGGAUAUAGGGACGACAGAUACUAGAGAUCGGACCGAGACGGAUAUAGGGACGACAGAUACGAGAGGUCGGGUCGAGAUGGCUACAGAGGUGGUAGGUAUGAAAGAGGAGAUCGGGACUGGGAACGACGAGAUGGGUCGCGCAGACGGUUUGAGCGCGGGGGAGAUGCGAGGGAGCAGUGCGACGAGUCGCGGGGGUGGUACAACCGAGGGGACCGACGCGAUGAGUCACGAGGGCGAUAUGACUCGGGGGACCGCCGGAAUGAUUCGCGAGGGCGGUAUGAGCAAGGAGGGUCUGGAGGAGACCGCCGCAACGAUUGGCGCGGUCGGAAUGAGAGAGGGGCAUAUGGCGUCUCAUCAGAACCAUAUCCCAAAUGGUCUGGGAGAUGUAUCGAUGUUCCCUUCGAUGAAGGAGAAUGUCAAAGCGAAGAGAGUAAAGUCGAGUAAAGAAAAGGAGCCGGUCAGGAGCCAGAGCAUCAAGAAAACCUUUGAGGGGGAUAUGGCGACCACACCCAUAAGGGUGGCAGCCACCAAGUCGGCGAGAGGGUCUACAUCGAAGAAGACUGACACGGAUUACGUGAUGGCGGAGAAGGACGGGCAGCGGGUCGAUGGAGAGGAGGUUAUCCUUUCGCCAGGAAAGCAGGGAGUGAAGAAGUUCUUAAUGAAGAGUUCGCUAUACGAGAUUGACACGGAGCGAGGACGUGUGAUAGAAAUCCUGAAGACAUGUGAUAAGGCCAUAGCUUUUAGUGACGCAGAGCGUGGUAGGGUUGAACCUCGAUACGCUAAGCCAGCAAGGAUUUACACGAUACCACAUGUUCCCUGGAAUGACACGGGAUGGAAAUACGCCCAGAAGGAGAAGGAAGAAAUUAUCGCUUUUCUGAAAGAAAAGAUGGUUUCCCAUGUUGCGGAGCCGUCUGAUAGCGCUUAUGCUAAUCGAUGGUUCUUCCUACGAAAGCCGAAUGGCAAGAUCCGAUGGUUCCAGGACCUUUACAAGGCCAACGCGGUGACGAUACGAGACGUGGGCUCCGUGCCACACGCCGAUUUACUGGCAGAAGGCGCCGCAGGUAAGUCGAUUUAUUCGGUCUGUGAUCUGUUCUCAGACUAUGAUGAGGUGCCACUUGACCCUAGAGACAGGCACCUCACGGCUAUGCAUACACCAUUGGGACUAAUACAGAUGAUGGUUGUCCCUAUGGGAUGGACUGAUGGGGUAGCCGUUUUUCAGAGAGCCAUGGUAGCCGUCCUCAAGGACUUCAUCCCUGAUAAGGUUGAAGUUUUUCUCGAUGACUUUCCUAUAAAAGGGCCAGUAAACAAGAAUGAGGCAGAGGUUGCACCUGGAGUUAGAAGAUUCGUCGAGCAGCUCCUAACGGAUAUUUGGGCGGUACUCGAGCAGUUGGACGAUGCGAAUCUAACAGUCAGCGGAGCAAAGAGCCGAUGGGCCGUCUCGACUAUUAAGAUCUUGGGCUUUAUCUGUGACUCGAGGGGACGCCGAAUAGAUCCGGCGAAGUUAGACAAACUCCUGAACUGGCCGUCACCAUUACAUAGUCCAACUGAGGUCCGACAGUUUCUGGGAGUGGUCGGUUACUGGCGUAUAUUCAUACGAGGGUAUGCGGAGAAGGCUGAGCCAUUGAGACUACUCCUUCGAAAACUGAGAAAUUCUACUGGGAUUCCUCGAAGGAACUCGCUAUGCAAGAGCUUAAAGAUGAAUUUAAGGAGGGAGGACGUGUACUGGGCGUGCCGUACUUUGAUGAUGAGGCUGGGAGACCCUUCAUAGUAGCCACGGAUGCUGGGCCUUGUUCGAUAGGAGGGUUGCUGUCGCAGAAGGACGCUGAAGGGAAGGAAAGACCAUUAAGAUUUGAGAG